AUGACUUCUCAAACUCAAACUCAAACUACCUCGUUAACUUCAAUGUUGUCCAAACCGGAUAGCCGAAAGUUCAAGAUCAACACAGGAUCUUAUAUUCCUGCAGUCGGAUUCGGCACGUGGAAGUCCUCGCCGGAAGAUGCGUACAAUUCCGUAAAGACGGCCUUGGAGAGUGGUUACCGGCAUAUCGACGCUGCAUGGAUCUAUGGUAACGAACCAGAGGUAGGGCGUGCCAUAAAAGAUAGUGGUGUAAGACGAGAAGAUAUCUUCUUGACCACAAAACUCUGGAGUACAUAUCACUCUCGGGUUGCAGAGAAUCUCGAGCUUUCCCUCAAGCAGCUUGGCGUCGACUAUCUGGACUUGUAUCUGAUGCACUGGCCUGUAGCUUUGAAUCCAAAUGGAGAGCCGCCAAACUUUCCCCUGCUUCCAGAUGGAACCCGCGACCUUCAUGAUCGGAAUUUUGUGGACACAUGGAAGGACAUGGAGAAGCUCCUUUCAACUGGGAAAGUGAAGGCAAUUGGCGUUUCAAAUUUUGAUAUUCACAAUCUUGAAAUUCUGAGACAGAAGUGUACUGUGGUGCCUGCUGUGGACCAAGUGGAGAUGCAUGCAUAUUUGCAGCAAAAGAACUUGCAGAAAUACUGCGAUGAGAGAGGCAUUCAUAUAACGGCGUAUUCCCCCUUGGGAUCAACAGGCUCGACAGUCAAGACUGAAAAACUUGUGUUGGAAAUCGCUUCUCAUCACGGCUGCGACCCCUGUGCAGUGCUCCUUGCUUGGGGGGUGCAGUCUGGCCACAGUGUCUUGCCCAAGUCCAUCAAUGAGUCUCGAAUCCGCAGUAACUUCCAGGCAGUGACACUGACGAAGGACGAGAUGGAGCAAAUCGAAAGUCUAGAGAGUGGACAAAGAUAUAGCCAGCCUGCCUGGGGCGUUACCGUCUUCCAUUCCUAG